ACACAUUUGACACAUUCGUACCCUCCAUUGUAUUUUUCUUUGAUGUACUACACGUAUGAUAUUACCAUCGGUAUGGUAAGCUUAUCUAAUCCUUCAGACCAAAAUCGGACACAUUUAACAGGUAAACGUCUCAAGUUUUUAUCUUCAAGUCCCUUACAAUACAGCAAUGAGACAAGGAACACCAAACGUAAAAAUUACCUACCUUGUUUUUGCAUUAUUAUUUCUUACCUUGCACAGCACCUCCUCAGCCCAGGAAUUUGAUUUUGUCAUUCAAAAGAUGAGGUUACUCAUUUCUGUGAAUCAUGAUGAUCAUAUCUUCCAAAGAUGUUCUGCAACUUCACGAACCCCUAUGUUGUCUCCAGGUACACCAUGGAACGACACAGCCACAUUGAAUAUAUCUAGUUGCGACAUUGGACGACUAGGCAUAUAUAUCAGAUCUCCGGAUUAUCCAAAGGAUCCAAAAGCAGAACUGAUGAUAGAUAUCAAGUUCUUGUCCUCAUACCUAGACAACCUUGUGAUGUGCAGCAUACCGUGGAAUAUAACGUAUCGGUUGCCAACACAACGACAUUUCUCUUCAUUACCCGGAUGUUCUACAAAAACUGUCCAACUUGUUGACAACGCCGUGUAUAUGAAUCAUAUUUUUUAUUUCAAGAUAUAUGAUUGGGAGGAAAAUCAUAUUAUUAAUGUAUAGAAUUCAUUCUUAUUGUAAUAUCACAACUCUGUAUUAAAGGUAAUCUAAGACAAUCAGCAUCGCAAUUUUUAAAUGAUCUACAGUCUAAAACCUAUAAAUUUAUACUUUAUUAAUAUAUGUAGAAUAUGUUAUAAAAUAUUAAUAGGAUUAUAAAAUUGCAAUGAAUUAAAAUGAGCUGUUAAACAUAUUUAGAAGAAGAUCUGGAUAAUUUUAUGCUUAGAAAAAGUUUCAAGCUUACCAAAACUGUCACUUUCUCAUUUCAAAUUUGUUAUAAAUUUAUGAACGAAAAUUUCUAAAACAGCGUUAAAAGUUAUGAAAAUAUGAAAUAAAUGAAGUACAGUCUACUUUCAAAAUGAAUUAUUAAUUAUCAUACGCAAGUAUUAUUUUCAUUACACAUUCAUGCUCAUAUUGAAAGAUGAAGCUAUUAUAUAUUAAUACUUUUUCGCUGUUAUGAAAAUCACUAAAGUUUUCUGGAGUUUGUCAA